AUGCUUUUCUCCACCGCCGCAUCGUCGUCAUCGUCGACGCCGUUUGUCUUCUUUGUCUUCUUCUUCUUCUGUGUUCCAGUCCUCUUCUUUGCGAGGAACGCACACGCGCUCGACUACGAUUGUUUGUGCGAGUGUUGUCUUCCCGGCCAGUGCGAGUUAGGGACGAGAAAACAUACGUUCAACGUCGGGGACCCGCAGUUGUGCACGACGAACAUGUGCGCCUCAAACGUGGCGAGCUGUCCAGACAGUGGGUCACACAACGCGGGAGGGACGAAUAUUGCGACGUAUUUGGACUGUUCGUGCGCGUGUUGCAAAGACUCCAACUGUCCGACGUUGAUUACGAACGCGUUUCAUUCGGGCGGCAUACAGCAGUGCACGCCGUCCGCGUGCUCGUCGAAGUUUUACUCGUGCCCAGACCCGGGGGCGCAUAACUCGGCCUUAAACGAAAACUUCGCGACGUUUUACGAUUGCACGUGCGGAUGCGCGGACACGCCGUCACAAACCAAAGAUAUCAAUCGUUUUUACGCGGGAAAGAGUACCAUGUGCACGCAGAACGAGUGCGAGAGUCGGUUUACGACGUGUAAAGACGAAGGCGCGUCAGUUAUUGAAGCGUGGUACACUGGAGAGGAAAGCGACAGCGAGAAGUUUGAUUCGAGUCCUUGGGAGACAUACAAGGACGGGAAUGUUAGAAUUUCAAUUGGCGGGAAAACGGUGACUUUGUCAAAAGGCGCGGCGGCUGGGAUUGCGGCUGUUGUUUUGUUUGUCGUAUUUUCUGUGAUUGGAUAUUUUGGGUAUAGAUUGUACCAACGAAGAAGAGGGUACCGAUGGAUGGUGUUUGACCACGACGAGGAAGGAAGAAUAAUGGCGAGAGAGGUGAAAGGGAGUAGCGACGUGGAAAUGUCUUCGUCUAACAACAACAACAUCAGCGCUAAUAGUGGUGGCUCCUUCAGGAACUUCGCCGAAUUAUACUAG